ACAGGCCCUAAGAACACCAUCCUUCGUUUUGUGGUGAAGUUCUUCCCUCCUGACCACACACAGCUGCUGGAGGAGCUGACACGGUACCUGUUUGCUCUCCAGAUAAAGCAUGAUCUGGCGUGUGGACGUCUGACCUGCAACGACACCAGUGCUGCUCUGCUGGUCUCUCAUAUUGUCCAGUCUGAGAUCGGGGACUUUGACGAGGUCCAGAGUUUUCAGCACCUUCUUCACAACAAGUACAUGCCUAACCAGGACGCUCUGAUGGACAAGAUCACAGAGUACCACCAGAAGCACGUAGGACAGACACCAGCAGAGUCAGACUAUCAGCUAUUGGAGAUCGCCCGGCGGUUGGAGAUGUACGGAGUCAGGCUCCACCCUGCUAAGGACCGAGAGGGGACCAAGCUCAGUCUGGCUGUGUCUCAUAUUGGACUGCUGGUGUUUCAGGGACACACUAAGAUCAAUGCUUUUAACUGGUCUAAAGUCCGCAAGCUCAGCUUCAAGAGGAAACGUUUUCUCAUCAAACUGAGACCAGACCUCAAUCAGAGUGCAUACCAGGACACUCUGGAGUUUGUGAUGGCCAGUAGAGAUUGCUGUAAGAUCUUCUGGAAAAUAUGUGUGGAGUACCACGCCUUCUUCAGACUGUUUGAGGAACCCAAGCCCAAAGCCAAAGCUGUUCUCUUCACCAGAGGGUCCUCCUUCAGGUUUAGCGGUCGGACACAGAAGCAGGUUUUCGAUUACGUCAAGGACUCAGAGUUCCAAAAGGUCCCUUUUGAAAGGAAACACAGUAAGAAGGUGUCUGGCGGCAGCCUGCCACCCCAGGACAGAAAGACAUCCACAGUGCCACAAGAGAGUGUCUCAGUGGACCAGACAGACUCUCCUCUCAGGUUGACCCUCCAGGCCCCGGUGGACGACCCUACAGUGACCAACGGCCACCAGGCUGGACCAGAGGCCCAGGCCCUACCCUCCACCACGGGACACCCAGAGCAGCAGAUCUCAGGUGUGAUCUCAGGCAGCUCUCCAGUGGUGGUGAACGGGCAGAAAGCCUUUCUCUUCGGCCCGGGUCAGAGCCCCAACGGGCACCAGCCCUCGCCCAUCAACGCCCAUUCCUCCCCCCUCUCAUCCCCCCUGUUCACCGACGCUGGCUACGUCCGCACGGAUGACGAAGACGAGGUUCGGAGGAAGAAGUUUCCGACUGACAAGGCCUACUUCAUCGCCAAGGAGCUUCUCACCACAGAGAGAACCUUUCAGAAGGACCUGGCAGUUAUAACCGUGUGGUUCCAGGCUGUGUUGGGGAAAGAGGACAUCCUGCCAGACUCAGUGAGGACCCUGAUCAACACCAACUAUGAUCCAGUCUAUCAGUUACACCAGGCCUUCCUCAAGGAGGUGGAGCAGAGGCUGCAGCAGUGGGAGGGACGGUCCAACGCCCACGUUAAAGGAGACUACCAGCGUGUGGGUGACGUCAUGCUGAAGAACAUUCAGGGGUUAAAGCAGUUGACGUCCCUCCUGCAGCGUCACGGUGAGGUGUUGGUUGAGUUAGAGCGUUCCUGUCGUGCCUCCCAGCGGCUGCAGGAGUUGUGUGGAGAGUUUGAGCAGCAGAAGGUGUGUUACCUGUCCCUGAACAUGUUCCUGCUACGCCCCCUGCAUCGUCUGCUGCACUACAAACUGAUUCUGGAGAGACUCUGCAAACACUACCCCCCCACACACCAAGACUUCAGAGACAGCAGAGCUGCCCUAGCUGAUAUAUCAGAGAUGGUGCUGCAGCUUCAGGGAACCAUGAUGAAGAUGGAGAACAUCCAGAAGCUUCUAGAACUGAAGAAAGAUCUGACAGGCAUCCAGGACCUGGCUAUAUCUGGCAGGGAGUUUAUCAGACUGGGCUGUCUCAGUAAGCUCUCAGGGAAAGGACUACAGCAAAGAAUGUUCUUCCUGUUCAGUGAUUCCCUGGUGUACACCAGCAGAGGUAUGACAGCAGACAACCAGUUCAAAGUUCACGGCCAGCUGCCUCUCCACGGCAUGACAAUCAGGGAGAGUGAGGAUGAGUGGGGAGUUCCUCAUUCCUUCACUCUGUUUGGUCAGCGCCAGUCUGUCGUCGUGGCAGCAAGCUGUGCAUCAGAGAUGGUGAAAUGGAUAGAGGACAUCAGGAUGGCUGUAGUCCUGGUAGAACAGAGUAACAGACCUUCUACUGAUCUACUGUCCACCAGUCGAUCAGACCGCAAGUCUCCAGAAGAGGGCGGCGUGGAGGCUGAGUCAGAGGAGGAGCUGAGUGCGUCUCGUAGCUCAUUGGAGCGUCAGUCAGCACAGAGAGGAAACACGAUGGUUCAUGUCUGCUGGCACCGCAACACCUCUGUGUCCAUGGUGGACUUUAGUGUGGCUGUGGAGAACCAGUUAUCAGGUAACCUGCUGAGGAAGUUUAAGAACAGUAAUGGAUGGCAGAAACUCUGGGUGGUCUUCACCAACUUCAGUCUGUUCUUCUACAAGUCACAUCAGGAUGACUACCCUCUGGCCAGCCUCCCGUUGCUAGGCUACUCGUUGACGGUUCCCGCGGAGACAGAGAACAUCCAGAAGGACUACGUUUUCAAGCUCCACUUUAAGUCUCAUGUGUACUACUUCAGAUCAGAGAGCCAGUACACCUUCCAGAGGUGGAUGGAGGUGAUCCGUAGUGCUAUCUGUUAA